AAAGGCCCGAGCCUCGCGCGCUUGCGCAGUUAAGCCCGCGCAGGGCGCACCCCCUGUGCGCCCCCUAAACUCAGACCUUCCUGCGUCUUUCUGGCCAGGCGAAGCCCACGGCGCUGACAUGCCGGAGAUCCGCCUCCGCCAUGUGGUGUCCUGCAGUAGCCAGGACUCGACCCACUGUGCAGAAAACCUUCUCAAGGCAGACACUUAUCGAAAAUGGCGUGCAGCCAAGGCGGGCGAGAAGACCAUCUCUGUGGUUCUCCAGCUGGAGAAGGAGGAGCAGAUACACAGCGUGGACAUUGGGAAUGAUGGCUCAGCCUUCGUGGAGGUGCUGGUGGGCAGCUCGGCCGGAGGGGCCGGGGAGCAAGACUAUGAGGUCCUUCUGGUCACCUCAUCUUUCAUGUCCCCUUCCGAGAGUCGCAGUGGCUCAAACCCCAACCGCGUUCGCAUUUUUGGGCCCGACAAGCUGGUCCGGGCAGCAGCAGAGAAGCGCUGGGACCGAGUCAAAAUUGUCUGCAGUCAGCCCUACAGCAAGGUACUCGAGGAUGCCCCCUAUGGCCUGAGUUUUAUACGGUUUCACAGCCCCCCCGACAAAGACGAGGCCGAGGCCUCAUCCCAGAAGGUGACUAGGCUCGGCCAGUUCCGUGUAAAGGAGGAGGAUGAGAGCACCAGCUCCCUACGACCGGGAGCGCUCUUCUUCAGCCGGAUCAACAGGACACCCCCGGUUGCAGCCAGUGACCCAGCAGGACCCAGCUAUGCAGCUGCUACACUGCAGGCCUCCAGUGCGGCCUCCUCAGUGUCUCUGGCCUCCAGGGCAGCAGGCAGCGCCUCCAGGGCAGCAGGCAGCACCUCCAAGCCCCUCCCACCCCCUCAGCCUCAGGAGUCCCCCAAAGGCAAGAGGAAGUUGGACUUGAGCCAAGAAGCAAAGAAGACCCCCAGCAAACCUUCAGCCCAGCCCUCACCUCCCGCCCUCAAGAGACCCAAACUGCCAGCUGCUCCCCGGACCCCAGCCACGGCCCCCCUCCCUGCCCCAGCACGGGGGGCAGCACCUGGGAAGCCCCGAGGAGAAGGCGCCGAGCCCAGGGCCCCCCGAGCUGGCCCACAGGAGCUGGGGAAGAUCCUGCAGGGUGUGGUGGUGGUGCUGAGUGGCUUCCAGAACCCCUUCCGCUCGGAGCUCCGGGACAAGGCUCUCGAGCUGGGGGCCAAGUAUCGGCCAGACUGGACUCCGGACUGCACGCACCUCAUCUGCGCCUUUGCCAACACCCCCAAGUACAGCCAGGUCCUAGGCCUCGGAGGCCGAAUCGUGCGCAAAGAGUGGGUGCUGGAUUGUCACCGCAUGCGGCGGCGGCUGCCCUCGCGGAGGUACCUCAUGGCGGGGCCAGACUCGAGCAGUGAGGACGAAGGGGGCUCUCCCGGUGGCAGCAGCGGGGAUGAAGCACCCAAGCCUCCCCGACAGCGUCCCCAGACCAAAGCCAGGCCCCCUCAGGCAGCAGGACCCAGCUCACCCCAGAGACCCCCAGCCCCAGAAGAGACCAAACCAGCCUCACCAAGGCCCCAGGACGAUACCGACACCGAGGGGGAGCAGUCAGGACAGGACAACGGGGCAGAAGAUUCUGGGGACACUGAGGAUGAGCUGAGAAGGGUGGCUGAGCAGAAGGAACAGAGGCAGUCCCCUGGCCAGGGGGAGAACGGCGAGGACCCAUACGCGGGAUCCACGGACGAGAACACGGACAACGAGGGGCCCCCAGAAUCUCCUGACCUGCCAGUUCCCGAGCUCCCAGACUUGCACAUGGUGGGGUGGGGACAGGAGUCAGAGCUUCUGCUGGUUGAGAAUGAGGGUCUGAGCAGAGAUGAAGUUCGUGGCCCUUGGAAGAAGCCGCUUCCACCCAGUUCCUCACGGGUGGCAGGCAGGAGAGUGCUGCGCUCCUCCCGAGCCCCCAACGUGGCCUUGGUCAGUCGAUGGCAAGUCACGUCAAACUGGAUAAAAGGAUCGAGAGAGCCACAGUGGGGGAGCGGCAGGAUGGAAAAUUCCAACCCGGGCCGAGCUCACGAAGAGAUUUACUUCAUGUAAGAAAUAGUAAUUGACUUUUACCAUUAAAGCAAAACAGCAAUGACAAUAACAGCAACUGCCCAGAGGCUCAGCUGGGCCUGGCUGGGAACCACUGCUUGUCAUGUAUUAUUCCCACGCCAGGGUGUGCUCGGACACUCCAGCCCCGCUCCAGCUGCCCCACCACCUUCCUGUCCCCCCUCUGCGUGCCCUGUGGCUCCUGGCUGGUGUGCUGGGACUCCAGGGACCUCAGGCCAGGCUCUUUCCCCGUCUCCCCUGCAGAUUUCUUCCAGGGCAAGCACUUCUUCCUGUACGGGGAGUUCCCAGGGGACGAGCGGCGGCGGCUCAGCCGAUACGUCACAGCCUUCAACGG